AUGCGUCGAUUUGAAAACAUAGACAAAUACUACGUCAAGCAAAAAAUAUUUGCACUUAGUGAUACUGAAGCGAAGUACAUAUCAAGCGAGAGGAAUUACCAAUAUCGUGCUCCAAUUAUGACUUCCGGCGUCUCAUCAUUCCAAGACCAGAGUAAAGUUUUAGAUAUAUCGUAUUCAGUACCCCACAAAAAUACUUCAAAUAGGCAAUCAUGUUACCAGCCAAUCGUUUUGCAUUUCACGAGACUUCGUCUGCAAUCGCCUCCAGAUUUUAACAGAAACCGUCGACAGCAGCCACAGUAUUCCUAUGAUAUCACAAAUGAUAAUUAUUCGUCUGACCUACCCUCAAGAUCGGGCUCAAGUAUAUCUCAUGCUGAUUCAUCCAGGCCGCCAUCAUCAACAUCAGCACAUACCAUUACCGAAUCAGCAUCUGUAGCUACUUUUUUGCAACAGUUUUCUCCUUUUGAUGGAUUAAAAAAUGGAAAUUAUAAAAUAAAAAAUCUUAUUUUUUUGUUCCAAAAGUUACAAGUAGAUGUAACUUGUUUCCUGGGAGAGCAUGAACUAAGUUUUAGUGGUCACAAUGAAGUAAGUAGAUCCGCCAAUCGAGGAGAUUACAUGGACCUUCUAAGUUUUUUAGCAAAAUACGAUGAUACCCUAAAAAAUUAUUUUAUUAAUUUAACGACUUUCCGAGGAACCUCAAACAGAAUCCAAAAUGAUUUAAUUAAAUGCACUACCGACGUUGUGAUGGAUCACAUUAAAACUAAAAUUAAAAAAGCACCUUUCGUAUCAAUUGCGCUCGAUGAAACCACAGAUGUAGCAAACCUAAGUCAAUUAUCCAUUGUUAUGCGAUAUGUAUUGGAUGGCAUUCCUCAAGAGCGAUUCUUAGGAUUUUUGGACGUCACUAGCGAAAGAACUGCAAAUGCAUUGUUAUUGUUUGUGGUUCUUAGCUUGUUGCCCAAAGCUAUGAUGGUGCUGCCGUAA